CUCUUAUUGUGAUUGCGUUUUAUGUCAACUAUAAAACCCUUAAAAGAACCCUAAAACUUCAAGUCUUUCUUAGCAGCCAGACCUUUUGCUCUCUUGUCUUGAAGAAAAGACCUUGUUUGACCGAGCAUCAAUGGAUCCGCAGCCUGAACCUGUUACUUAUAUCUGUGGAGACCGGGGGCAAGAGAACACGACGAAACAUGGAGACGUGAUACAAUGCCGGGAGUGUGGUUACCGCAUUCUUUACAAAAAACGAACCCGAAGAAUUGUUCAGUAUGAAGCUCGCUGAAAGUGGAGUCUAGAGAGGGGGGGAGGGCAUAAGCACUCAUGUGA